AGUCACAGCCUCAAUAACAUUCCUAGGUAACAAUAGUGUAUGAGGCGCAAGCUCCAACAAAUUUGAAUAAAUAUUUUGAUCAAGAAGCCUCUCAUUCCUUACUAUUCUUUCCCUCAAGGUUAAUGUUUUUAUACCUAGUAUUCAUUGAAUAAAUCUAUCGACGAUCCACUACUAUCUAUCGCGCUAAUCUCUUCAUCAUCUUACGUUCACUCAAUUUCUAUUCCGACCCCGCGCCGACUCACAACAUCAACUCUUCACGAACCUACCAAAAUAUAAUUACUAGAUACUUUCACAAGGAAUAUCUUAGCAAACGUUAAAUAGAAAUAGAGAAUUCGAAGCACAUGUCCUACUACGGUCAGCCGGGCUAUCCCGGUCAACAAGGCCAAUACGGCCAACCACCACCGCAACAAUAUCCUCCACCUCAACAAUGGUCUUCACCACCUCCUCCUCAAGGCUACGGACAGCCUCCCCCGCCACAGGGAUAUAACCAAUACGGCGCUCCUCCUCCGGGCCAAUACCCACCUCCAGGUCAAUACCCUCCACAAACGAGCCCAUACCCCGCUCAAGGCGGUUACCCACCACCCCAGCCCUACGGAGCGCCGCCGAACCAACCAUACGGCGCACCCCCGAAUCAAGGUUAUGGACCUCCUCAGGGUCCGCCUCAGGGCCAAUACGGUGCACCACCGCCCCCACCUCAACAGGGAUACCAAUACCCUCCUGCCGCGUCUGGGCCUCCUACCCCGGCUAGUCUAGGCUACGGUCCCCCGCAGAUCAUUCAAUGGGAUGCAACUCCCGACGCUAGGAUGCUUCGGAGUGCGAUGAAAGGUUUCGGUACGAAUGAGAAGGAAUUGAUUCGGGCUCUAUGCAAUAAAGACCCUCUCCAGAUCGAGGCUAUCAAAUCGACUUAUUUCCGCCAAUUUAGCCGCACGCUUGAGAAGGACAUUCUAUCGGAGACGAGAGGAUGGUUUGAGACCGGUCUUGUGGCGCUCGUUAGAGGACCUUUACUUCAUGAUGUUCACCUUCUCAAUUCUGCGAUGGAUGGUCCCGGGACAAAAGAGAAGGUGCUCAAUGAUGUCUUGUUGGGCCGAAGCAACGCGGAUAUCAAUGCUAUCAAGGGCAUGUACCAGCACACUUUCCGCAAGUCGCUAGAGAGCGCAGUGAGGGGAGAUCUUAGCAUGAAGACCGAAAGGCACUUCAUGAUCGUGCUAGGAGCUAACAGAGCCGAGGACAGCGCUCCCGUCAUUCCUCAAUCUAUUGACCAGGAUGUUAUGGAGUUGUAUCGCGCUACAGAGGGUAAAGUAGGCACAGACGAAAUGAUGGUAUGCUCAAUACUAUCUACGCGAAACGAUAACCAAAUCCGGGCUAUCAAUCACGCCUAUGAACAGAAGUUUAGGAGACGAUUAGAAGAUGUUAUCAGAAAGGAAUUCAGUGGACACAUGGAAGAUGCUCUAUUAUACCAACUGCGAAAUGCGGUUGAUAAAUAUAUGCACGCGGCUUCCCUACUCGAAGAUGCUAUGGCCGGCCUAGGGACAAAAGAUCAUCUCCUCGUUUCACGAGUCGUCCGAUACCAUUGGGACAAGCAGACUAUGGCCAACGUCAAAGCGGCAUACCAACAGCGUUACAGACGAAGUCUUGCUAGUCGCAUCAAAGGCGAAACAAGCGGAGACUAUGAGAGGCUCAUGCUUGGCUGCAUUGGUGAGCCUGUUUAAAUAUGCAUUGGAGAAUCCAGUCAUACAUUAUCAUGGCCAUUCGGUGUUGUUUGGUAUCCCGUUGGCAUCCCAUCGGUAUCGUCCAGUAUCACCCCAAUGACGUUUGGCAGAUGAUUACGUUCGCGUAGUUCAAGCAAGGGCUGUGGUUUAAGCGUGAAGGAUCGGGAGGGGGAACUGUUUUGAUAUCCCUAUGUUGCUUAAAGCACUGUGAUCGAUUAAAACUACAUAAAAGUUAUACUUUACUCGUCUUGACUUGUUCA